AUGCCUGAAAUCGUCAAGGGACUCAAGGAUGUCUACCUCGACACCACAGAGUCCAGCUUUAUUGAUGGCCAGGUGGGGAAGCUACUGUAUCGUGGUUACGACAUCCACGACCUGGCUGAGAAGUCCACCUUCGAGGAAGUAGUCUACCUACUGCUCUACGGCGACUUGCCCAGCAAGGAGCAGUUGGCUGCAUUCGACGCCGAGCUCCGCGCCAGCCGGCGGAUCCCCGACGGGAUCAUCACAGUGCUGGAAGUGAUGAAAGCCGCCCAUCCCAUGGAUGCCCUGCGCACCGGCAUAUCGGCGCUGGCCGGUUACGACGUGGCAGAGGUUGCCGACAAUUCCGUCGAGGCGACCAUCCGCAAGGGCAUCCGCCUGACCGCCCAGGGACCGACGAUCGUUGCGGCGCACCACCGGCUGAGGCAAGGGCUGGAGCCCCUGGCUCCCAAUCCUGAUCUGAGCCACGCCGGCAACUUCCUCUACAUGAUGUUCGGCGAAUUGCCGGACGAGGAGACCACCGGCCUGCUGGACGUGGACUUCAUACUCCAUGCCGAGCAUGGUGCCAACGCGUCGGCGUUCGCAGCGCGGGUAACCGCUUCCACCAUUUCCGACCUGCACUCCGCGGUUGUCACCGGAGUGGGCACGCUCAAGGGCCCGGCCCACGGUGGGGCAGCCGAAGAAGUGAUGAAGAUGUCGCUGGACAUCGGCAAUCCAGAGAACGCCGAAGAGUAUGCCCGCAAUCAUCUGGAGUCGGGUGGCCGCAUCAUGGGCUUUGGCCACCGUGUUUACCGUGCGGAGGACCCCCGGGCCCGCCACCUGCGCGACCGCGCCCAGGCCCUCGGCGAGAAGAAGGGCGAGCCGCGCUGGUUCCAGAUCCUGUCGCACCUGGAACAGAAGACCAUGUUGCCUUACCGCGAUCGCGGCAUCUGCGUCAACGUGGACUUCUUCGCCGGAGCGAUCUACUACCUGCUGGACAUUCGGACGACCUGUUCAUCUCCAUUUUCGCACUUGGCCGCAUCCCCGGCUGGACGCUGCAGUGCGUGGAGCAGUACAAGGACAACAUCCUGA